AUGAUUGGUCUCAAGAGCUGCAUUUCUCUGGCUCUUGCCACGAUUUGCGCUGUCGACGUUCUUGCUCAAGCUCCACCGACACCUCAAGGCUUGACCUAUCUCAACUCCACCAUCUUUCCAGGCGCGUCCAUAUCCUUCAAAGAGACUACCAUUUGUGAGACCAACGAGGGCGUCAGAGGUUGGAGCGGCUAUGUCAANCUUCCUGCUUCACCUCAAGAGGGUCGCAACUACCCCAUGCACAGCUGGUUCUGGUUNUUCGAAGCCCGUCAUAAUUCUCAGAGUGCGCCUCUUGCGCUUUGGCUCCAAGGCGGACCUGGUGCACCGACAUCUGUGUCCGCUGUAAACGAGAACGGUCCUUGUAAUUUGCUCAACAACUCACGAGACGCCGUCAACAACCCAUGGUCCUGGAAUGACAGAGUCAACAUGCUAUAUGUUGACCAGCCGGUACAAACUGGCUUCUCAUACGACACGUUGAUAAAUGGAACGAUUAGCGAGUCUUACUCUCCCUUCCAAGCCUUCAAACAGGACCAAUUCCCGAUCAAUGAUACCAAUCUCGCUGGCGUCUUUGCCUCCAAUAAUCCCAGCACGGCUCCAAACAAUAGCGUCGCCGUCGCUCCUGCCAUGUGGGAUUUCAUGCAAACUUGGUUGAGAGACAUCUGGGGAGAGUCAUAUGGAGGGCACUGGGUACCUACCUUUGCCGAUUACUUCUACAAGCAGAAUGACCGUAUCAGCUCUGGCAGCCUCAACGCAAUACCGCUGACCAUCGAGUCUCUCGGCCUGAUUAAUGCUUGCGUAGACGCCGAAACUCAACUUCCCUUUUACCCCGUCAUGGCUGCCAACAACACUUACGGUCUGAAAGUUUUUAACGAUACCACCUACGCGACUUCCAUGGCAGCUCUGCCGCAAUGCCUGAACCUCAUCAAGUCUUGCAGAGCACUUGACUCCCGCCUCAAUCCUUACGCAUUCAACAACACAGACGUGAACAUGGCCUGUAGAAAGGCAUACGAGUACUGCUUCGCUACUGUCGCUAGAGAGACUCAACUAGGCAAUAUUGAGGGCUACGAUGUAUGUUCUGACUGUCCAUUCCCGAUGCAGACUGUCACACUAACUUGUUUGACCACUUCANNGGCUUUCCACUUCGACAUUGCAUCGCCGUUCAUUCAUAACUUCCCGCCUCGUUAUGCCGCUGGUUAUCUGAACAAUGGGACCGUGCAAGCAGAUCUGGGCGUGCCCCUCAACUUCACUGGCUAUUCUGCGGUAAUUGCACAGUCAUUUGAAGUUGCAGGCGACUUUGUCAAAGGUGACAAUCUCGCGGCCCUGGGUCGAUUGCUCGAUCGCGGAGUCAAGAUUUCUCUCUUGUAUGGUGAUCGUGACUACCAGUGUAACUGUAUGUGUCCUGCUCUGAUUCACGUCGUUCCAUCACUAACGAGCUUUAUACANGGGUUUGGCGGCGAAGCCAUCAGUCUUGCCAUCAACUCUAGUAUCUCAUCCUCGUUCAAGGAGGCUGGCUACACCAACUUCGAGACCAAUGCAUCAUAUACUGGUGGCUUGACUAGACAAUACGGAAACUUGUCUUUUACUCGUGUCUUCCAAGCCGGACAUGAAGGUAUGUUUCAUUUCCGGCACGACUAUCAUCCAUCGCUGACAUUAUACUCCUANGUCUCAUACUACCAGCCGGAAAGCACAUACCAAAUCUUCAACCGCGUCCUUUUCAACAACGACGUCGCCACCGGCCAAAUCUCCACUGCAUCCUCAAACUCUUCCACCUACGCCACUACAGGCAAUUCCUCUGCACUGAUCUCCAUCGGUGCACCUAUCGAUUUCGAGGCCAAAGUGCCUUCAUGCUACUUCUGGGAUAUCCUGGAGACUUGCACGCCAGCACAAGCUCUCCUCUUCCAGAAUGGAAGUGCCAUCACAGAAAACUUUAUCCUUGUGGGCUACACGCUGAAAGAUGGCACCAAGGUGUUCUACAAUGAGACUGCUGGGGGAACUGGCAAUGGACAAGGUAUUGGAAACGGGUCAUCUCCACAGCCAUAUGUCCCAGGCAGUGGUGGUUCGCAUUUGUCUUCAAUAAAUCUGAGGUUGGCUGGUCUUGGUCUGGCUGUUGUUGCUUGGUUCGCAGAGUAG